UUUCUAGAUAUGUGGCUGUGUGAUUUUGGGAGUAUCAAUAUAUGCACGUGUCAGCAAACAUGGUCAAGAGAUCAUCCGUGGAGAAGCAGCUGGACUUAACAUAUAUUCGGCUGUAAAUCUCUUGAUAGCUGUGGGCACCAUUAUCAUGGUCCUUGGUUUCCUGGGAUGCUGUGGUGCUAUGAAAGAAAGUCACUGCAUGCUGCUCUUGUUCUUCAUUGGAUUACUUCUGAUCUUGCUUAUUCAGAUUGCUGCAGGUAUAGUAGGUGUUAUCUUCAGAUCCAAAGUUGAAAACGCAUUUAGAAAGACUUUCCAGGAAGAAGUGAAAAUUUUGUCCCAAAAUGAACCUAAAAAUGAAGCAUUUCAAAAGAACUUGGACCAAAUACAAAAGAAGUUUAAAUGCUGUGGCUUGGUCAAUGGAGCUGCUGACUGGGGAACGAACUUCAGCAAGUAUUCUACUUCAUGUGAAUGUGAAAUUCCUACAAAUAAUACUUGUGUAGAAUAUAUGGGAAAAAAGGUUUACAAUGAGACAUGUGGUGAAUAUGUUAUAAAUUUUUUAAGGAAAAAUUUAGUUAUUAUUGCUGGAAUUGCAUUUGGAGUAGCAGUGAUUGAGGUACUUGGAUUGGUGUUUUCUAUGGUCUUAUACCACCAAAUUGGGAAAAAUUGAAACUACAGAAGUUAAGCCAUUAUCUACUGUAUUUGUCUUUUAACAAUUUACUUUGCUUUAAAAAGAAAAAAAAAUCAAACAACACAAUAUUGUCAAGGAGUAUCCAGUUUGCUAAAUUAUUACAUUUUGCUGAAAGCAUGAUGCAUUCAUUAUGCAUCAGAUGUCUUUAGUUGAGUGACAUAGGAAUAAUAUGUAUAUUUUUCAGAAUAAAAUACAUUUUGUUUAAA